UGGCGGCGGGAUGCGGCGGGCGCUGCCGCUGCCGGUGUCGCUGCUGUUGGCGGUGCUGGCGGCAGCGGGUGGUCCCGGACGCCCCAGGCUCCACGGGGCCGAGCUGCGGGACCUGGCCCGGGGCAAGGUGGAGACCUGCGGCGGGUGACGGUUGAACCGGCUGAGGGAGGUGAAGGCCUUCGUCACCCAGGACAUCCCCUUGUACCAUAACCUGGAGAUGAAGCACCUCCCUGGUGCUGACCCUGAGCUUGUGCUCCUCAGCCACCGAUAUGAGGAGCUGGAGAGAAUCCCCCUCAGUGACAUGACCCGGGAGGAGAUCAACCAGCUGGUGCAGGAGUUGGGCUUCUACCGCAAAGAGACACCUGAUGCCCCUGUGCCUGAGGAGUUCCAGUUUGCACCUGCUAGGCCUCUGCCCACCCUGACACCCCACCAAGCUCCUGCUGCUGGUGGCAAGACCCCACCUGAACAUGCCAAGAGAGAACAUCGAGACCUCUAGCAAGGAGGGGUGCUGUGCUCAGGAGAGGGCCCUGCAGCAAGUCCCCAGCAGCUGGGGACAGUGCUGUGGGGUGGUAAAGGUGCCCCUGCUGUUACUUGGUGCUGCAUAGCCUCUGCCCUGAGCAGCUCCAGGCUUGAGCAGGGGCUUCCUGGGCACUGCACACAUCCUGGUGGUCCUGCAUGCCUGUUGUUGCCCCCCCCUCCUGCAACCUGGCAUCUCGGGCUGGUUGGGAGAAGCAGUAUUCUUCAUGCUCCCUCACCAUGACCUGAGGUUUAGGUGACUCCAGGCACUUGGCAGCCAGUAUCCUACCUGUGUGGGACAGGAUGAAACUCUCAGCAGAAAGCCCCAGGUGCUGAGCGUAGAUGUGCUGAGUCCCAGAGGUGAGAGAGCUGCCCUGAGUGGGGUCUGGCUUUACACCCCAGUGGGGCUGUCUCAUAUCAAGCCCCCAGUAAAGCCCUUGUUUACAA